AUGUCAGAAGAAUCAAACGAUCAGCUAGAAAAGGAAGAGGAUGUUGAAUCUGCCAUAAUAGAUUCAUUAGUGGAAAAGGCUCCUCAAUUGAUUCUAGAAUCCAGUAACGAUAAUAAAAUAGAAACGACUUACAAAGACACCAUAACACUGACAACAAAUGGAGAUGCCUCCAAUGACAUCAAAGACAUUGUUGAUGAGGCAGUAGAUAUCAAAGAAAACGUUCAUAAUGAGGAGGAUGAUGAUCAGGAUGACGAAGAUGAAGAUGAAGAUGAAGACGACGAAGAUCCACCAAUACUUAAAUAUACCCGACUAAACCAAUUACCAUCCAACUUCUUUAGUAAAGAUCCUGUUUCUGCCAGCAACUUCCAUGAUUCAUACUUUAUAUUUGCUACCCAUUCAGGAGUGAUUCAUAUAUGCAAUCCAGAUUUCACUCCUGUACGAACAUUUAAAGCUCAUAGAGCUUCAGUACUUUCUAUUUACACUGAUGGUAUUUAUUUUGCUACUGGUUCAAUGGAUGGUACUGUUGUAAUUGGAUCAAUCAAAGAUGAGAAAGAUAUAAUAGCAUAUGAUUUCCAACGUCCAAUCCAUGGUGUUGUUCUUGAUAGAAAUUAUUAUAAAACAAGAAGCUUUAUAAGUGGAGGUAUGAGUGGGAAAGUAAUUUAUUCAAGUAAAGGUUGGAUAGGGAAAAGAGCAGAUGUAAUACUAGAAGAAGAUAAUGGGCCUAUAGUAGGUAUUCAAUUAAUCGAUGAUAUUGUCAUAUGGAUGAAUGAUAAAGGUAUAACUGUUUUCCAUUUAACUGCUCGACAAAUAAUUUCGUUAAUUGAAAAGCCUGAAGAUUCACACAGAAGUGAUUUGUUCUGGCCAAGAGUAACCUAUCCAGAAGUCGAUAGAGUGAUAAUUGCAUGGGGUAAUUAUAUCUGGUCAUUAAGAGUUUCUCUUAAAACUGCUGGAGAUAAAGAUGGAAGUACACCUUCAUCAUCAACUAUGGGGAAAAUAUUACCAUCUACUGCAAGUAUUUCAUUUAGAGCCAUACAGGAAAAGAAAGUGGAAAUUGAACAUAUAUUCAAAUUAGAUUUUCUAAUUAGUGGUAUCUCUACUUUUAAAGACGAUUUGUGGAUGGUUUUAACGUAUUUCCCUGCAACGAUAGCUGAAAAUGAAAAAAGAAUAUUUCAUAAUCCAGAAAUAAAAUUAAUCAAUUCCUCAACAGGAGAAAUUGAAUUCGAAGAAGAAUUAGGAUUGAAAAACAUCAAUAACCUAGGAUUAAAUGAUUAUACAUUAGGACAUCAUAUUGAAACCAAUCCUAAAUAUUAUAUUAUAAGUGCCAAAGAUGCAGUUAUUGCGGAAGAAUUACAGUUGAGUGAUCGAUUAAAUUGGUAUUUGGAACGAGAGAACUAUUAUGAAGCCUGGAAUAUAAGUGAGCAUUUGGUCAGUGCUAUCAAAAGAUUAAAUUAUGGUGUACAAUACGUUGAUAAUUUAAUUCAGAAUAAUGAGUGGGAUAAUGCUGCUAUAUUUUUACAACAGUUAUUAUAUAUUGAUCUCGAUAAAUUACCUGAUAGUGAUGCCAGAAGUACAACAAUUACAGCUAGAUCUAAUUCAAGUCAAGAAGAACGCGAUCAAUAUAUCAAAGAAAUUGUCAGUCAAUGGCAAACAUGGGCUUCUAUCUUUAUUAAUAGUAAUCAUAUCAAGGAGCUUACAUCAAUAAUACCCACUUCUGCAAGAUUAAGUUUAUCAGCUAAAGUUUUCAAUGAUAUUUUACUGCAUUGGCUAACAACAGAUGUUGAUAUUUUCAAUAAAUUGCUAAAUGAUUGGGAUAUUGAAAUUUAUGAUCAUAAUUUAAUUGAAACAAACAUUGAAACUGUGUUAAGUGAAACCAGCCUUAAUGACAAUGUUAUCGUCAGUAAUGAUAAACUAAGAAGAUGCUUGACUAAUUUAUACACCAAAUCAUAUCAACCAAUUAAAGCGGUUCCGCAUUUGAUUAAAUUAAACGAUGAAAAUAUAAUCAAAUAUUUAUCUGAUAAUCAUAUUUUGAAUACGUUUUUGAAUGAUUUGCCGGUAAUAAUUAAAUUACGCUUUAAAGGUAAUGAACAUCAAAAGGAUAUUAAUAGAAUACCAAUUACCCAGCUUGAAAGCAGAUUAAGUGAUAUAGUUGAUGUAUUAGUUGAAAAUAGGCAUGAGAUAUUACCUAAGACUAUAAUUGACUUGUUUAAUAAGAAUCAUUUAAACUUUAUGAAUUAUUUUUAUUUGGAGAAAUUGAAUUUAACAGAUGACUUUUUAGUACAGUCCUUUGGAAAUGAAAGAAUCGAAUUAUAUGCUCAAUAUAAUCGAUCCUUAAUGUUACCAUUCUUAAUUAAAAGUUCUCAUAGUAGUGAUGGAUCUACCAAUGAACUGAAUUCAAAUUACGAUAUUUUUAAAACAAUCGAGUUAUGCGAAAGGAAUGAAUUCAUUGAAGAAUUGGUUUAUUUAUUAGGAGAGAUUGGCGAGAAUAAACGAGCUUUGAUGUUGAUUAUUGAUAAAUUAGAUGAUCCUGUUAAAGCUAUUGAGUUUACAAAACGACAAAAUGAUAAGGAAUUAUGGAAUUUAUUAUUAGAUAAUUCAAUGAGUCGAUCAAAUUUUGUUAAAUCAUUGAUUGAAAAUAGUGAUGAUAAUACUAAUUUAUAUUAUGAUCCUAUUACUAUCUUAAAGAGAAUGUCAUCUGAUAUUAAUAUUAAAGGAUUAAAUAAGUCGAUUAUUAAGUAUUCAAAUAAUAAUGAUUUGAAUUUAUUAUUAAAUCAAUUGAUUUUGAAGUUAUUUUAUAGACAAGCUGAAAAUUCAUCAUUAGAGUUUAGAUCACAGCUGUUGAAAGGUUGGGAAGUUGAUAUAAAUGACUUACAAACUUUAAUCAAUCAAUUUGAGACAAUUUUAGUGUUGAAGAACUCAACCUCUAUAGAUUAUAAACUUAUGAGUGAUUACAUUAAUAAUGAUCAUAAUAACAAUCUUUUUAAUGAUUUAGGGAAAAAGUUGCUGCAUUUACAAGAAUUGAAAUUAGAAUUAAAUGAUUCUAAACCAAUUAAUAGUGGCUAA